AUGAAUUUCCACGAACAUUAUUCAGAACUUCUUAAAAAAUUGCCUCCUUCCAUAAAAAAGAAUAUAUGGAAUCGACUUAUUUCUAAAGUACAUAAUCCCUUGUCAGAAGAACAGGCAAGUAGUAUUCAUUCUGAUAUUGAAUCAAACUUAGAUCAAACCGAGAUUAAUCUUAGAUCGAACUUAGAUCAAACCGAGAUUAAUCUUAGACUGAACUUACAAGAAACAUUAAACUCUAUUAAGCAACAAAAAGAAGCUGAGUGUAAUCAAAUUCGUUUAGAUAUGGCUCUCAAGUCUAGAAAUUUAUUCGAAUAUACAUUAAAAAAAUAUAUUCGAGAUGGAACUAUAUAUAAUCUUAUUCAUUUAUUGGAAGAAGCAGAUAGAACACGAUAUCCUGACAUAUCUCGCAUUGUAAAGAAAAAUUGA